AUGGAGGACAACGCCCCGGCUUCAGCAAGCACACUGGCACUUCCUGUGUCACGCGCUUCGUCCACCUCCAGUCCUUUGGAUAGCAACGUUCGAAGUGUUGUACGAAGUCCUGAGCUCCUUGCCCUCGUCUUCAGAGCCUACCUUGCUUUGCACUCAUUUAUCUUGGCUUGGACUGCCACGUCCCGAGACCCAACUGCGAACUGGAGAACCGAUGUUCAAAAAAGGUUGACUCUCAAGCUGGUGUGCCGAUUUUGGAGAGCGACACUGGUGUUAACACCAGAAUUGUGGUCGAACAUCGUCUUGGUCCCGGAGAUGCCCCAAUGGUAUAUCGAUCAGGUUUUCCGAUAUGCUAAGGCGACUUCGAAGCAGUUGAAAAUCCGGCUCGAUGCACACUCAAGGCAUGACGUUGAAAUCUUCUCGUCUCUUAUUGCCCCUUUGUUGGUCGUGGUAGCCGACACAAUUACGCACCUCUCUGUGCAGUAUGGCUCUCACACAGAUUGGAAUUCUUUCACUCGCGAACUAUCUAAUACACACACUGAACUCAACUUUUCAUCGCUUCAAAGGUUCCGCGCAACAUCUCUGAGCCCUUUCGAAAUUCCCUUUCCUGAUGAUAACCCCCAUUUGUUUCCGGGGCUUACCGCAAACAUAGAACACCUUCAUCUCGACGGCUUGCCAAUCACCUCAUCCAUUACUUGGUUCACGAUAUCGAUGACGCGGAAUCACACCGUAGUUUUUGUUGAGAACCUGUUGGAUUGUCUGCGUUGGACCCCAAGGCUCAACACCCUCAUCCUCGGAGACCUCAACGAGUCUUCUAUCCAAGAGUGUGCUCUCCACAACCAUACAGUGGUCCUCCCGAACUUGCAAAAAUUAUCCUAUGUUUGCGACCUCCCGCUGCCACAUCAUUGUGGCUUCCUCGUAUCCCUCAUCGCAACUCCACAGCUCCACCUCCUUUCCAUCCGCUUGGCCAAUUCUCAGAACACGUACAACUUUGUUUCGAUGAAUCAAUCCAAGCUCUCCAUCAUCACCGAGCUACGUCUGAACGGGGACAUGGAUAAUUAUGUCGAAUCUGUUGACGAUCGAACUCAACUCUUGCCAUUGCUAAUGGGGAGCAGACUGCGAUAUCUAAACGUCCUUGAGAUGGGUGGCCUCUUCGAUUUCAAUGCUGAGCAAAGAGCCUUGGACCAAACCCGUUUUCUCGAAUUUCUUAUUCAGGCGCUAUCGCUUCCGACGAUCUGCUUCCUCGCCAUACCCUCAUUAUUCUCGCCCCCGCACCCGGCUUCUCAGGAAAGUUUGAUGGAGUCUGUAUUCCAGCAAGUUUUUACCCGAGGUCAAGCCAAAUAUGUAUUCGAAGAACAUACUCUCUGCGUUCCUUUCGCUGUCGAUGAAAAACAUCUUGCCUGUGCUCGUCUCUGGUCCUGGGAUGGUAAACUUGGUUGUGAGACGAGGUCAAGUUAUACCAAGAGCAGAGCCCAUACCCACUUGGCAUCUGUCAAAGUCUUCUAA